AGGGCUUCCGUGCUCUGGGCAGCUGCGCGGCAGGCAGGCAUUCGAGCGGUAUAGCCUUGGCUCAGCCUAGCGGUGCCGCGACGAGAAACGCUUCGCCCGUCACCAGGGUCCAUGAAACCUUCCCCGGCAGAAAAGAGGCGACCCGAUCCUAAGACGGGAACCGUCGCUGGAUCGAAGCGCCCCCUUACAAUAAAGAGGCGGCAAGACUAGGGCAAGUGUCCCUCCCUCCCCUCGAAGAUCCCACCUUCACAAGCCCGCCUGGCCCGCCUCUCAGCCCUUCCUAAGCAGCAGAUCUCCAGAGCAGCUGCGCGGGACCGAGAAGGAUUUUUGCCACCAUGAAGAUCUGGCUGAUCCUCCUAGGCCUGGCCGCAACUCUGAUACCAAGCUUCUCACAGGAGGUGCCAACAAAGAGCAUAAGAGAAGCUGAGAAUGACAGACCUGAGCCAACUCAGACCACAAACAAUGGCGGAUGGAAUUGGCGCUGGAAUAUCUUCGGACAGGGGAUUCCGGUUGAGAAUGAAGAUGAUGCUACAGUGAAGCUGGAAGAAGGAGGCGAGAGAGAAAACGAAGGGAGCCAUGAGCAAAAGGAAGCUACUCAUUUGGAAGUUGCAUCUAACAAAAGAGAUGGGGGAGCAGAGGGCAAUGAAUGUAAACAGUCAAGAGUCUCUGAGGUUGGUGUCAAGGAAUGUCUGGAUGACCCAGAGAUGCCUGCUGGGACCACAAACACAACAGAGCCAGCCACAAGAAUACCAACAACAGCAGAGGCAACGGCAAGUACCCCUUGCACAUCCAAGCAGUGCCAGCCACGCAUUAAUCCAUGGGCCACGUGCGCUCGUGCCACUACAGAGGAUGAAAAGAAGUUGUUUGAGGCUCUAACUGAAUUUUCUGUGGAGUUCUAUAAAGCAGCAAUCCUACAUGAGAAGCCUGGCUCUAACUUGAUCUUUUCGCCCUUCAGUGUCGCAGUGAUGCUCUCCAAUCUAUUGCUGGGCACCUGCAAUCAAACCAAGGACCGUCUUGAGAGGCUGCUCUUUUAUCCUGAAGGAUUCACAUGUGUCCAUAGAGCACUAGAGAGUCUCCAGAAAUCAGAGGCCUUGACCUCCGCCAAUGCAAUGUUUUUCCAACCAGCUCUCCCCUUGGAAAAUGAUUUCCGCAACCUGACAAGGAUGUUCUAUAAAACCAAACUGGCUCACCUUACUAAUAACAGCAACCAGGAUGUGGCGGACAUCAACAGUUGGGUGAGCCAAAGUACUAACAAGAAGAUCAAGAAGAUUGUGAAUGAGCUGGAUUCUGAUGCCAAGAUGAUACUCCUUAAUGCUGUCUACUUCUACUCCAAGUGGAAGGAAAUGUUUCUAGCGAAAGACACAAAGAAGGCAAAAUUCUACCGCCCAGGCUUAGCUCCCAUCAACGUUCAAAUGAUGAUGAGUAAGAAAUACCCAAUGGCCUCCUUCAUUGACCACAGCCUGCAGGCUAAGGUUGGCCGACUGCAGCUGUCUAACAACAUGAGCCUGGUCAUCAUCAUGCCCCGCUCCAUAACUCAAAAUCUCACUGAGGUGGAGGAGCGCCUCAGUGCAGUUGUCUUCAAGUCAGUGAUGGCCAAGCUGGAGAGCACCCAUUUCAAGCCUACCGUGGUCUACCUACCCAGAUUCAAGGCGGACACUUCCCAGAACCUCAUGAACAUAAUUGGGGAGAUGGAUUUUGGCUUUUUCUAUGAUGCCGAUCUGUGUGAGAUCUCCACGGAUAAAGAAUUGGCCGUGUCCAGUGCUCACCACAGGGCUGUGCUGGAAAUCAGCGAGGAAGGAGUGGAAGCAGCGGCUGCCACAGUUGUCUCCCUAGCACGCACAGCCAAUAUUUUUGAAGUGUCUCAGCCCUUCCUUGUUGCAGUGAUGAGGGAUAAUGGGUUCCCAGUCUUCAUGGGGCGCAUCAACAACCCACAGGCAGCAUAACGUUCUCCUCCUUGCUCCUGUCAGCUUCUGCCAGACACCCACAGUAUUGCCCCUAGUUCAGCCUUCACUGUUUACACAUGAAGCCUUGUGCAAUUGGCUGUAACAUGUUCCUUUGGUAUUUCCUCCCAUUUUAUUCUUUUGCGUUAUAAUUUUAUCCUCCCAUUCCUAUGCCUUUUUUAAAAAAAGCUGGUUUCCCUCUCCCUUGUCAUUUUUCUGUGAUUUUUGUUUUGUUUUGUUUUGUUUUUGUCCUUCCUUUGCAUCACUGAACAAUCCACCUGUUCCCAUUUAUGUAGCAGGCUGGAAAAGAGGUCACCUCUGUCAAGAGGUUCUCCUUCUCCUUCUCCUCCUUUUCCCCAUGUAACCACUGCAACAAACCAUUCAGCCUCUUCCAUUUCGCCUUCAUAAGGAAUAAAGCGAAACUAUAUUGGCUCA